UGCUAAUAUUAGACGUCUGGUUCAAAAUAAAUACGAUAGGUGAAUCAAUGUUUGAUAUUCAAUAAGUGGUUAUAUUUUGAAAUAUGAACGUUUUGACGAUUUCGAAAUAGUUUUAUACGAACAUUCGGCCAUUUACGUUGGGGUUUAGCCAUUUGCUUUGAAUAUUAGAUAUCAGGCCCAUUGAUCAAUCGAUUUUGCUUGAUACGUGCGUACUGAAGACACCCACUGAAUACAGCUAUGUCGAAAGUUGGUCAGACACCCACCGGACAACAGGUCAUCAUUGGUCAACCCGGCGUACAUGGUAUGCCAAUGGGCCAGCCCGCGCCAGUUGCGUGGAUGCCCAAGCCAGCAAAGAUCCCAGGAUGCCCCCAGGGCCUCGAGUACCUCACUCAGAUUGACCAGAUACUCGUGAAGCAAAAGGUCGACCUGUUUGAGAUGGUUGUUGGAUGGGAACAGGAGAACAAGUACAAGCUGUUGAACAGCGUUGGGCAGCAAGUAUACUCUGCGAAAGAAGAGUCCGGCGUCUGUGAAAGGCAGUGUUGCCAAUCCAACAGGGGUUUUACUAUGCACAUCACAGACAAUGCAGAUGUAGAAGUGAUCAAGUUAGAGCGGAAGUUCCGUUGCUGGAAGAACUCUUGCUGGUGCGCAUGCUGUGAAUGCUGCGCCCAUCUGAUCAAAGUAGAGGCGCCCGUGGGAACGACAGUGGGAUAUGUGCAACAAAAGUGCAGUCCGUGUCCUCCAAGAUUCUCCCUACUGGACGAUGACAAAGACGAGGUUCUCUCCAUUGAAGGGCCUUGCUGCAUCAUUCCGUGUGCCAACGUGGAGUUCAAGGUGAUCUCGCCCAAGACUGGCGCCGAGGUCGGAAAGGUCACGAAGCAGUGGUCCGGAAUGGCCAAGGAAUUAUUUACUAAUGCGGACAACUUCGGCAUCUCAUUUCCCAUGGAUUUGGACGUCAAAAUGAAGGCAACUAUGCUUGGGGCGUGUUUCCUGAUUGAUUUCAUGUACUUCGAGAAGGACUCCAACGACAACUCCCUCCUUUAGAGCUCCGAUCUGGGAAAAAAAAUGUUUAAUUCAUGUGCGUAAAGUAUUUCCCAAAUUAGCAUGUGCAGUCCGCACAUGUAAAUCAGGGACGACACUUUCCACAUUUAUGACAUUUUUAGUUUGGCGAAAGUAUAGUCUUGGCGAAAAUCAAAUUUAGCUCGAAAUCGUCCUCACUGAUACGCCUCUGCGAAUUUUACAGGCUUAUCUAGGACGACCCUUUACGCAAAAACAUUAAACCUUAUUUUCCUGGGCGUGGCUCAUUCGCGAGCAGCGUCACAAUUCGCAUCAUUAAUAGGAUCCUUAAUAUAGGCAAAAAACUGAUACCGGCAUUUAAGACCGAGUCUUCAAUUGCCCAUUUGCGUUUAAAAAAAUCAUUGAAAAAUACCGGGUUUUCAUGAAUCCUAGAAAUUGAACGGUUCUGUUUCUUUCAGUUUUACAUUUUGAAAUUUUAAAAACAGUUACAUUUAGUGAACGUUUUCAUUUCGUUUUUUAUAAUUGUGGGCUAGGAGGACAAUAAAUUGCAAACUGUGAUAAAAUAGUGAUCGCUUUACACUUCUAUUCCUGUUCUGGUUGAUGUUAUAUUGUAAAAUAUGACAAUUAAUGUUUUAAACAGCCCUCGCAACGGGCAACGUAUUAUAACCUUUUUAUUGUUAUCAUCAUAGAUAUGAAGUAUAUUAAUAUAGCAGUUGUUUAAAUUUAAAUAUUUUAUCAUCAAUUACUGUACUUAGCAUGUGUAUUGUUUGAAUGAUUUUAAUUGUAUUUUUAUGCUCCCGGUAGGGUGGCAUAUAGCAAUUGAACUGUCCGUCAGUCCAUCUGUCAGUCAGUCCGUCCGGUCGUCCGUCCGUCCGAAAACUUUAACAUUGCCUAUAACUUUUGCAAUAUUGAAGAUAGCAACUUGAUAUUUGGCAUGCAUGUGUAUCUCAUGGAGCUGCACAUUUCGAGUGGUAAAGGAUCAAGGUCAAGGUCAUCCUUAAAGGUCAAAGGUCAAAUAUAUGGCAUCAAAGCGGCGCAGUAGGAGGAAUUGUGUUUCUGACAAACACAUCUCUUGUUAUUCUCUACAGUAACAGUACAAAACAACAUUUAAUUCUGUAAUGUAUAGUUUUAUUUCAUAAACGACCGUUCGUGCAGGAAUCGACGACCUGUUUUGCAUGGUAAAUCAUUACAUCAUCUAAAACUACAUGUAGAUAGGUCAGAGAUUUGCAGUAGCGUCUCAGAUAUUAUGUCAACAAUAAUAAUCAUACCGACAAUAUAACGUUGUUAUGUUAGUGUGCUUAUAAAAUCACUUGUACUUGUAUAAUACACCGUUUCUGUUUUCUAAUAUUGAAAUACUAUGUUUGAGUUUCUUCGUGUUUGACCAGAUUUAUAUGCGACAUAAACAUAUUUUAUACAUAUUUUAUAUAAACAGAGUAAAUAUAUUCAGCAUAAUUAAUGUAUUACUCGUUGUAUUUUCAAAUUCUGCUUUUGUUUCAUGGUUAGAGUGUUUAAACAUAUCACGUCAGCAGGCUACCAGGCUUCCAUGCGUACUGACCAACAGCAACUUAAAUCUCAUUCUUAUCAACAACUUUUAUAAUAACGAAUAGACGGACCAGCCUCAGCCACUUUUACUUUUUAUUUUGAUGUUGCAUUUUGUUCCAUUUCUAACAAUAAGCAUAGGUCUAUCAUAUUCUCGAUUCAUUUUUUAUAAUUCUUCUUAUAUUUGCAAUAGGAAAGUAUUAAAAGGAACAGUUUAAUUUUAAACUAUUUUUUACGUGACACAAUCGGUAGUUUUUCGGUCGUCAGGAAUGUUGUGUACAUAUUGAAGGACCGACUUGAAUAAUACUUUUGUUAUGUCACAAAUCGUUUGUCUUUGAUAAAAUGUGUUAAAGACUC